CAUUAGGCAUCUGAGUAUAUAAACCAUGGUCUGACAUCUUGCAAAGCUGGGCAACCCCUACAUUGGCUUUGGUGAACAGGAUCUGAUCCCAAGGACUGUUACCUCUUUCUCUCAUACAGAUCAUCUAAAAGGUGCAAUCAUGACUAAGAAUUGCCACAACGACUACAAAAUGAAGUUCUCUCUUGAAGAGGAGUUCCCAGACCUGUCCCUGCACAACAACCACAUGGCCAAGGUACUGACCAAGGACAUCUACAACAAGCUGAGGGGCAAGUCUACUCCAAGUGGCUUCACUGUGGAUGACGUUAUCCAGACCGGUGUGGACAACCCUGGCCACCCCUUCAUCAUGACUGUCGGCUGCGUUGCCGGUGAUGAGGAGUCCUACGAGGUCUUCAAGGAUCUCCUUGACCCAGUCAUCUCCGACCGUCAUGGUGGCUACAAGCCCACUGACAAGCAUCAUACUGAUCUGAACUGGGAGAACCUGAAGGGUGGUGAUGAUCUUGACCCCAACUACGUUCUCAGCAGCCGUGUGCGUACUGGCCGCAGCCUCAAGGGAUUCACCCUGCCCCCCCACAACAGCCGUGGCGAGCGCAGAGCUGUGGAGAAGCUGUCCAUCGAGGCUCUGAGCGUCCUGGACGGUGAGUUCAAGGGCAAGUACUACCCCCUGAAGGACAUGACCGACAAGGAGCAGGAGCAGCUGAUCGCUGACCACUUCCUGUUUGACAAGCCCGUCUCUCCUCUGCUGCUGGCCGCUGGCAUGGCCCGCGACUGGCCUGACGCAAGAGGAAUCUGGCACAACGACAACAAGACCUUCCUGGUCUGGGUGAACGAGGAGGACCAUCUGCGUGUCAUCUCCAUGCAGCUGGGUGGCAACAUGAAGGAAGUCUUCAAGAGGUUCUGCACUGGCCUGCAGAAGAUUGAGGAGACCUUCAAGAAGCACAACCACGGAUUCAUGUGGAACGAGCAUCUUGGCUUCAUCCUGACCUGCCCAUCUAACCUGGGAACUGGCCUACGUGGUGGUGUACACGUCAAGCUGCCCAAGCUCAGCACACACGCCAAGUUCGAGGAGAUCCUGACCAGACUGCGUCUGCAGAAGCGUGGCACAGGUGGUGUGGACACUGCCUCCGUCGGUGGUGUGUUCGACAUCUCCAACGCUGACCGUCUGGGUUCCUCUGAAGUGCAGCAGGUGCAGCUUGUGGUUGACGGUGUGAAGCUCAUGGUUGAGAUGGAGAAGAAGCUGGAGAAGGGAGAGUCCAUCGACAACAUGAUCCCUGCCCAGAAGUAAAGUGGAAGUAGUGUUUCUUUUACAUAUUUUUUGUAUCUGUACUUAUGAGAAACCCCGCCAUCAAGCAGGAGAAAUGCUCUCGCACGACUUUUCCAAGAGACUCUCCUCCCUGCUCCCCAUCCUUCUUCCUUUUUAUCCUUUCUCUCUUUCCUGUUGCCUACAACGUUUUCCUUCUUCCCUCCUUUUUACUGUCACUUUCUUUUCCCGUUCUUUCUGUAACAUCCUGGGAUCAAAUCGCCGCAUAGCUGGGGAAACUGACUAUGCUGUCUUCACCUAAACUCUUUUUUUGGUUGUACAAAUUGAGUAAAUAAAAAGCCCCAUGUAACAAUCAAUCAA